GGAUCCAUACUUUUUUUCUUAUUUUUUUGUAAUAAAAAAGAGUGGCUGUUUAAACAACAACACAUAAACAGCAUGAUGAAACAAAUAUGACAGCAUUCUUGGUUUGAGCCACAAAUAAAAGAUUGUUAAACUAUGCCUAAAGAUUGGAGGAUUUAUGAGACGUUAAGAAAAUGAGUCGGUGAUAAAGCUUACCAUAAUGUUUGCUCAUAUUUUAAGUAGGGAAAUGAAGCCAUUUUUGCCCCCCACCCCCCAAAAAAAAAACAACAACAAACCAACAGAUAACUUUCAGAUAUCUCAUUAAUUAAUGUAAGUGUACAAGAUCCACAAGUUUCUAAAAAAAAAAUUGUUUGAGGUCAAUUUCAUUUCCUUUUUGUACCUUUUUGGUCAUGUGGCCUGUGACACAAGUGUCUGGAAUUAAAUUGGCCUGCAGGUCGAACUUGGUUGGGCAUCACUGGUCUAUAGGUUUAGAUCUAUUUAGGCUACUUAGUUUACAUCAUGGCUCAUGGCAUCAUAACAUUCUUACUAGAUUUCAUUACAAUUUUAAUUUUUAUAUCAUAAAUCAAUAUUAAACGACUGAAUUAACACAUCUAUAUUUAUAAUCUAUUUUUCUUUUUAAGAAGGUUACCUUUUUAAUUAUAAGAAAAAAAAAUUUUAUUAUUUAAAUUUCUAUGAAAAAUAGUAUAGUUGUUAAAAUAAUAUAUUCAGAGACAUGUUUUAGCUGUUAUCUGACUGGACAAUAUGUGAAGGUGUGUGUUGCUGCCCCUUAUUUUUCUAUCUAGUAAAUAGAAAUUAUCACAGUGAAACAGCAAAUAUGUAUUCUAACUGGAGGAGUCCUCAGGACUGGAGGUCCCAAGGUCUUGACUUGAAUACCACCAGCACUGAUGCUAGUAAAAUGUUUGAUGCCAUUGUUACACAGUACACUGGCUGGUAUGAUGAUGAAAAUCUGGGAGGAAUGACUGGUACUCUGAACAAGAUGUUAGUCGCUGAUCCUGAUUUUGUUAUGGGUCAUGUAGUGAGAAAUGGUUUGGAGCUGCUUGGUACAGGAAGUAACAUCAGACUGUGCAGCAGGCUGCAAGAUGAUGUGAGCAGGAUGGUCAAGCUGUCCAGCAUGCAGCCCUCACUAACGCAGAGAGAACAGAAACAUGUGGCAGCCCUUGUUGCCUGGUCCAAUGGUGAGAUGGAACAGGCUAGCAAUGUUUGGGAAGACAUUCUGGUUGAUCACCCCAACGAUGUCCUGGCACUUAAGUUUGCAUAUGAUAACUACUUUUAUCUUGGCAACUCUAACCAGAUUCGAGACUGUGUGGCCAGAGUUUUACCCAUGUGGAAACCAACAAUGCCUCUCUAUGGCUAUAUAGUCAGCAUGCACUCUUUUGGCUUAGAGGAGACAAAUUUAUAUUCAGAAGCUGAGAAUGCUGCUAGAACAGCUUUGUCCAUCAACCCAAAAGAUGGCUGGGCCACACACACUCUGUGUCAUGUGAUGGAAAUGAUGGGCAGACAGCACGAGGGCAUCUACAUGCUGGAAAAAACUGGCCAGUACUGGCAGACCUGUGGUAUGCUAGCCUGUCACAACUUUUGGCAUUGGGCAUUGUACUAUAUUGAACUUGGUGAUUAUGAAACAGCCUUAUCUCUGUUUGAUGAAGAAGUAACAAAAAGAGCUAUCAGCUCUGGAGCCAUGCUUGACAUUGUGGACAUUUGUUCUCUCUUGUACAGACUGCAGUUGGAAGGUGUCAGUGUUGAAGACAGGUGGGAAAAAGUGUAUGAUGUCUGCAAGUCUCACCUUCACGAUCACAUCUUGACAUUCAAUGACAUGCACAUCCUGAUCUCUUGUCUUGGUGCUGGUCAGAAACAAGCCGUGAAAGAAAUGAUGGAUUCCAUUGAAGUGUUUGUCAGGGAAAGUAAAGGCACCAACCGAGAUAUCACAGCGGAAGUUGGCUCUCAGUUGUUCCAAGCCUUUAUUGCUUACAAUGAUGAAGAUUAUUCCAAAGUUGUUGACCUCAUUAAUCCUGUCCGCUCUAAGAUUAUUAAAAUUGGUGGCAGCCAUGCUCAACGUGAUUUGAUCAACCAAUUCCUCAUCCAAGCAGCCAUUAAGUCAAACAAAAAGACUCACCAUAAUCUUGCUCGGGCUCUGCUAAAUGAAAGAAAGCUUUUGAAACCUAGCUCCCCACUGACUGAUCGACUCACUGACAAAGUCAUGCAAAUUCUUGGAGAUUGAAUCAGUUAAUGGUGCUGUAAUUAAUUUUGUAUAAUUAGUAAGUUAGUUUAUUUAUAGAGUCCUAGAAACAGAACAUGCUGUGUUGGAUUACUAUAGUUCUAUUAAAAAUCAGUAUGUUCAAAGUUGAGCCAGUGAUUGUCAUUAUAGAAUAUUUUCCAUAAAUCAUUCUUCUAUUAUUGUUUAACUUUUUUCCUUUUCACUAAAUACAGAUGUGAACAUUUACCCCCCUUUGUUGUUUUUUUAUCACAUUGGAACCAAUAAGGUGUAAGGAAAAUAUUAUAGAUUUACAGCUUUAACUUACAGUAAGCUUAUCACUGAUUGGUCGACAGUAUACAGAUAAACAUAGAAAAAAAAAUUGGUUUGGAACAAGUGAGAGGUAUCCUCAUAGCAAGUAACAUGUUAGCAAUAAUUGAAAGAAAAUACCAACAAAAAUGGUGGAUAAAAAAAAUGUUUUCAUUCAAAAUUUUUCUAUUGAGUUGAAAUCCUUUCAUAAGCCUUUUUUUUUUUCUUUUUUUGCUGUUGUUGUAAUUGCAUUAUUUGUAUACUUCAGUUAUUCCUCUACAUUUAUUUUAAUAUUUUUUUUGCAUAAUUUUUUAAUGUUUUUUUUUCAUGUUCUGUACACAUCAUACAAGGGCAUUUGUUUAGAAACUGACAGUUUUCCUUUGUUAUAACUGAUUGUUGAAUUAAUUUAUUUUAAAAGGCAUGUGAUAAUGUUGAAAAAAAACAUAUAAAAAUAUUUACAUAAUACUCAGCACUUUAUGAAACUUACAAUUUUGUAAACAUAAAAGUAAAGUUAAUCAAAAUGAUUUCCCACUGGAGAUGUCAUUGUAACAUUCCAUAACUCAUUUUAAUAUGUACACUAUUAUCCUCUUUCCACUGAUGUCUUCUAAUCUAUUGGCCUGUGAUCUUGUUCUCAACACUCUCUGUGUUCAAGCCACAUGUAGACCCUCAAACAAGAAAAUCCAUAGCUCAGGAGCUUUCUUUUGAAAUUCUUCACUUCACAUAUCAUGUGAAAACAUAUCUUUUUUUUUUUCUCUGAAUUAUUCAGAAGUUUUACUUUGCCAUUACUCAUAAAGGCAAAUUAUAUCUCUUCUGUAUAAGGUCAAAGAAAAUGAAUGAUAAUUGUUUAACAAACUCUUUUGUGCUAUUUAUAUUUAACUGGUGCUGGAUUAAUUAUUUUAACAUGUAAUUUAUAUUUGAGGGGAAAAUAUAUUUAUUAAAGAUAA